GUCCGUCCCUCGCCCUUCCUCUUAUUUUCCCUCUUUUUCUUCUCUCCUCCGUUUCGCCCAAUCGCCCUCGGUUUCGUUUCUUCGUUUCUCUGCGCCCAAUCACCUCUCAUUCGCAUCACUCAUUCUUGCCAUCACCCAUCCACUCGAAACCACCAACCGCAAGAGACAUAUCAGAGUAGAGUCCGACGCUGCUCACGUGGGUCUGUGACAACCGCGAGGCUGCGAGAGGCUGUUGCUGCAACGCCCGCCGAAUCACCUCCAAGAGCCCUUCUUCUCGCCCGUCUUUGCAACUUGAUUCGACUGCCUCGUCCCCAAGAUCCACGCUCGUGGUAAACCGUCACCACCUAUCAUCGUCCGCAUCGACCUGCGACGACCACGACGAACCACUCGCGACGCCGGCGCUUCAAUAUCAUCGAGCCUCGUCGCGUCGCAGAACGACAAAACAACCUCGACGUCAGAAGCUGAGGAAAAAUUCGAAGCGAGCUCCGGAAAGUGUAGCUACGGUGCGGCGCGUCGCCCGUCAUCUACCUUACCUUGCAACUACUGCGCCAGCUCCGACUGCGGGCGAUCGUCACCCAGCACUGAACAGCGCACACUGGCAGCAACGCAAACGCAUCGCAUCGCAUCGCGUAGCAAUCAAUCCCUGCUUCCGCUCAACUCUGCCCUGAUCUCAUUAUAGUCUCGCGCGGCAAGCAUACCGCCGUCCUCAGGCUCGACUCACCGCCGGGAACCCUGUCGCUGGGUGCACAGUCGUCACGGCCACGGAUCACACACUACCUACGACAUACUCGCUCCCGCCGCCAACCGCUCACCGAAUAUCCCGACCGCAACUCCAUCUUUUCCCGCAGUUCUUCCACCACCGCCGACUGCCCACUCAGCACAAUCUCGCCAACCAGUGCACUGUCGCAACCACUUCUGCGUCACGGUCGCAUCUAUCUCGCUGCUGAUUGCACCUGUUCGCGCGGCUCGCCCACCACUUAAUAAAAACGCGUCAACUGAAGUCGGUUGUAUUGCAUCCCUUCCGCCGUCGCGUACCAUCCGCAUCGCAACCAAAUUCACGAGGUUGGCUUGUAGUUCGGCUCCAAAGCUUACAACACCCGAGUGUUGCCUCACGUCUUGGGCAUAAACAGCCACAGGCCCGCGAAGCACGAAUUACAAGAAUAGAACCCAGCUCGGCUUCCAUCCCAGCGUGGGACGGACUAAAAUUUCAGCAAUCGAAUAGCAGAUCGCCCUGCCUUCCGCGUCCGAAUCAUUCCCUUUUGUUUCGCCGCAGCUUCAGAAUAGACAAUCCAAUCCGACCGCGCGCGCAACAACAAGCUUCUCGAAGGCGUCGCAGCAAAGCUCGAAAAUAUCGAAACGAGCCUCAACCGCGAAAGGUAGGCCGCAAGAGCUGGAAACGAAGAGCUCUCGAUCAGGCAUCGUCAUCUUGCGCAACACAGUUCCGACUCGUCUCGUCCCGCGACCAGGAGAGGUGACAACUCAUCAGACCGCCACGCUACGCGCAAUUAUCCCAGCUUGUUCUUCUGCAAAGGAGCCCAAUCUGAGGCGAGUUCAUCCGGCUUUGAGCAUUUGACAAACCUGGCUGUGUACGAUCCCGCCUCAUUUGCCGGCGUGUUUUUGUCGAUAUAGUGGACCGCUGGUCAAUCGUUCCAGUCUUUCCAACAUCCAAAUCGCAUAAUCUGCCUCGACCGCAAUCAGACGCAGUAUUGGUCCUUCGACGCUGAUCCAGUGACCUGGACAAGCUGCGCUAGUUGCUCACGCAAGGGACCAGCCUUCAAACUAUCCUACCUAGACCCUCCUAUCAGAGACUCCAGGCGCCUUCUGCCGCAGUCUCCAGGCACAACAGGCCCCAUAGAGCGCGUCUCGGCCGUCACAUUUCGCCGCUUCAACCUGUUAACGGUCCAACCUAGGUCCAACGACCUCACUCCUCUGUGCACGACGACGCCUCUGAGGUAGACCGUUCAACAACCUACGGGUGCGCCAACGACUCCUUGCCGCGCACUCCAGCAUUUAGCUGAGCGUGAACCAAUUCGAAGCUUAAAUCAUAAACCGGCCGUCAAGAUGGAGUACCCUCCACAAUAUCAACAACACGCUCAACAUCCGCACCUGCAGGGUGGCUAUCAGACAUCACCUCAAAGCGCUGGGCCGGGUGCUCUUCAGUCGCCUUCCGGCCCGCAGUCACACAUGCAGCAGCACAAUCCCAACCAAGCGUCUCCCAUCCUGCCCUCUCAGAGUCAAAACCACUACCAACCUCAGUCAGCUGGGGCGGUUCACUCGUCGAUGGGUUAUCCUCAAUAUGGUGUCGGCACAGGAAUGACACAAGGUUAUGGAAUAUCUCCUACGCAAGCUGCGGCUAUGGCCACUGCCGCCGCAUCAGGACAAAUGCCAUCAUUGCCGGCCACGGUUGGCAUGCCUCAGGGAAAUCAGAUGGGUCAACAACGACGAAUGAGCCAACACAUUACCAGCCCUCAUGGCCAAGUGUCGCAGCCUGCCAUCAACCACAACAUCCCGAGACAAUCUGUUCCUCCUGCCAUGCCGCCUCAACAGGGGGUGCAGGCAGCCCCCGAGGAAAUGGUAGCAGGAGGGGCGGAAGAAUCUCCCCUAUAUGUCAACGCCAAGCAAUUCCACCGUAUCUUGAAGCGACGUGUUGCCCGGCAGAAACUCGAAGAGCAACUGCGAUUGACGUCCAAGGGGCGCAAACCAUAUCUCCAUGAAUCGCGACAUAACCAUGCCAUGCGCCGACCUCGUGGGCCCGGUGGUCGAUUCUUGACAGCCGAUGAAGUCGCGGCAUUGGAAAAGGGUGAGAACAAAACGGGGGAGAAUGGUACCCCCGCCGCGAAGAAGACCGAGAACGCCACCUCGGGAACGAAGAGAAAGGCUACGGACACCGACAACGAGACACCGGUGAAGAAGUCCAAAGUGGGCAGCGAGAGCGCCGAGGAUGAAGAGGACGAUGAUGGUGAGGCGGAUCUUGGUUGAGCUGAGUCCGCCAAUCAUCCAUUCCCGCGGGCAUUAUCUUCUUCAUCUUUCCUUGUCAGCAUCGACGGGUGUUCUGCCACUUUAGCAGGCGUUUGUGACUUUGAAUCGGGCAGUGGGAGGCUUCGUGGUCGGCUUGGCUAGGCAGAAUUGUACUUUUGUCUGCCCAAGCUGGCUGUGGGUAAUCUUUGAACGACUUUUUCCUUUGUCAGAGAGAUACGGGCUCACGCCAGGACAUGCCAAGCAUCGCUGCAACGACGACAUCGACUCUCCUUUCACUCUCAGGCUUGGUACGGUGGGGUUCAAUGACGAUUUGCAUACUUGUUUCGCUCCAGGCGAUGUUUUUCCUUUUCCGUACAGAUUGUCAAGAGGGUCAAUUGAAAGUUGGUACAGAUCUAUGGACAGAUUCCGUCACCGGAAAUAAUCCACAGGCGGCUUGACGGAUGGUACCGGAUGCCAUGCUUUGUUGCAUGCCCCGGGGCCCACGUCGACCACUGCCGCAAGGGCUGGGAACGGGAAACUCCAGAUGAAGAACCUCAGGGUGUGGGAAAACGAGAAAACAGGAAAGAGAGAAGACAUGUUUGAGGGUAUCCGAUAUCAGAGGAACCGGUCAGCCUGUGCUCGCGCACCAUGACGGCAUCUUUUCUUUUCGAACAUAUAAAAAGACAAAAAUCCAGCUCAUCAACUGGCUCCCAAACAAAACUCGACACUAGGAACGGUGUUCUCGACCCGGACACAGACAUUGUUCCAUUGACGAUCGUUGUUUCCACGGCCUCUGAUACGAAUUUCCUUGCUGAUUGAAUGUGUUGUUUUUGAUUUUGAUUGUGGCUAGGUACUAGUAUGGUUAUGUUUUGUAAUGUUGUCUGAACAAAUUGUGGCUUGUGCAGUGUGCAGUGUGCUCGAUUGAAGUUGAAUUCGGGGUUCAAUGCAAUGCACCUUUAUUCUUUGCAAAUACUGGCGAAAUCGUGUCGAUGAUGGGACGGAAGGGAGCGAAGGAGGGAGAGGGAGGCGCUGGCUGAGGUUGGGUAACUACCUACCUACCUUACCUUACUGUACCUAGAGUGGGUAGGUAGAUUAGCUCAAACUCGGUGGUGCGGUCAGUAUGGUGAGAAAGGUAAAUAAAUAGGUUCGUAACCGCUAGUUAGUAGCUGAAUGAAUAUGAAUCAAGGUAGCG